AUGCCGUUGACUGUCAUUAAGGUUCGAUACGAGUCGAGCAUGUAUUCUUACCAAUCCAUCUUAGGCGCCUCGAAAGACAUAUACAUCGCGAACGGUCUUCGUGGCUUCUUCUCGGGCUUCGGCGCUACGGCUGUCCGCGAUGCGCCCUACGCAGGGAUGUACGUUCUCUUCUACGAACUGCUUAAAAAGCGCAUGAGCAGUCUAGUCGUCCCACAGCAAGCGGUUGUCGGUCACGAUGGAAAUGCAUCGCUUAAGAUGUCGCAAGCAGGCACCAUUAAUUUUACUUCUGCCAUCCUCGCCGGAGCGGCGUGCUCGGCCGUCUCGAAUCCUUUCGACGCAAUCAAAACGCGAAUCCAGUUGCAGCCACAGGCGUAUCCUAACAUGUACCGAGCAUGUCGCAAGAUGCUCGCGGAGGAAGGCGUAAGAUCUCUAUUCGAUGGCCUCGCCCUGCGAAUGAGCAGGAAGGCGCUGAGUUCUGCUCUAGCCUGGACAGUGUAUGAAGAACUGAUGCGGAGGGCAGAGCGCGUGUGGAACCCAAGUAUGGAGCGGGUCGAGGUAUAG